AUGACGGUGAAUAGGUACGCGCAUGCUGCCAAACUUCAGGACCGCAUGUCCCUCUCUUCACUAGACACUGUCCAGUUGCAAAGACCCGCAUCGCGUUUCCCGCUGCUCCGCAACCCCACACUAGCCACUAUGCCGCCCAAGGCAACACCGCCCGAAUUCCCCGUACAGGCGUUUCCUACGUGUACAGAUUUCGAAACCUUUCUCGAGCGCGAAUAUGCCACGGCUCCCGGCCUCUACGUGAAGCUCGCCAAAAAGAAUUCUGGCACACCCUCAAUAACGGCAGCGGAAGCCGUCGAAGUAGCGCUAUGUUAUGGCUGGAUAGAUGGUCGCGCCAACGCCUGCGAUGAGACCUGGUGGACGGUACGCUACACACCUCGGAGAGCGAACAGUAUGUGGUCUCAGAAGAACGUCGGGACGGUGGCCCGUCUCAUAGAGAUUGGCCGGAUGCGUCCCGCUGGCCUGGCAGCCGUUGAUGAUGCGAAAGCAGACGGACGAUGGGAUCGUGCGUACGCAGGGUCUGCUACAAUCGUUGUGCCUGAAGAUCUCAAGAUUGCGCUUGCUCAGGUACCUGCUGCGGAAGCUCAAUGGGAAAGCAUGAACAAGGGCGAUCGAUACACAGCGUUGCUCAAGGUAGAGACAGGUACAAAGGCCGGAAGACCCAAAAGAAUAGAGAGCAUAGUUCAAGCGCUGGCAACAGGGAGACGCUCAAGUAGUGGUACUACUGCAGACAGGACAGCUCGGAAGGUUGCCAAGAGAGCUGAAAAGAACAGCGCGAACGCUGAACCCCACAUGCAAAAAACAGCACCUUCACCCCUACGAACAGGACUGCGACGAUGCAGGGACUGA